GGGGUGAGAGAGAAAGAGAGAGAGGGAGAGAGAGAGCGGCGUCUGUGUCCUAUAACAGCUGGUGUCGGGGCGUAAUGACCUUUUGUCUCCAGCCGGUCAGGUACGGAGGGAGGGGGGCGGAGAUACUGAAGGAGCAGUUUCAUAGCGGACUGGUCCCGGCAUCCCGGAGACCAAAUGGCCGUGAACCGACAGAGAGGAAGAGUGUGAUCUAGGUUUUUCUUUUCUCCCAGUACUAACAGCAGUAAGAGCUGUCUCCAUGCUCACAUAGGUUAGAAGGGGCAGGAAGCGCUCUUCAUCUCUCACGCUCAGUAGCCUACAUUUUAUCCGUCUGGCAGAAGAAUGAGAGAGUCCUGUUGACACCACGGAGAGAUACACGCUGAGACCGACUAUGGCUGUGGACGCGGCGUCCAGCUUCAGUUUUUGCCGUGCCUCCCUGGAGCACACGGUGUCUGCUGAGGAGCUGAGUUACCAGCUGCCGCGUCACGCCGGAGGCAGCAACCUGACCUGGCACGACGGCCGUGGCCAGAAGACAGCACACACACGCACCGUCAAACUAUUGCAGCAGCCCGGCACAGAGGGCAUCCAGUUACGUCCAGGUGAAGCGUUCACUGUGUACCACACCAGUCCUACACUGUCCAGUCUGUCCAAACCAGUGGUGCUGUGGACUCAGCAGGAUGUCUGCAAGUGGCUUAAAAAACACUGUCCACACAACUACCUGACCUAUGUAGAGGCCUUCUCCCACCACGCCAUCACAGGACGGGCAUUGCUGCGUUUAAAUGGGGAGAAGUUGGAGAGGAUGGGCAUUGUCCAGGAGACACUAAGGCAGGAGGUCCUCCAACAGGUCCUCCAGCUGCAGGUCAGAGAAGAGGUCCGCAACCUGCAGCUCCUUAGUAGAACCUCCUUUGGAAAUUUCUCUUAGCUCAUCCCUGGAUCCAUUUAGUGGCCCUUUCCCUCAUCCCUUGUCACAAUACGUCUCUAGGAGCCAUGGAAGAGCUGCUGUCUUCAAAUAUGUGAGCGGAGAAUCAACGAGUGAAAGGGGAGAGGACGAGCUUAUAGACUACAUGCCAACCAGUCUGGAGGAUUCUCAUUCAACACGGCCAAUCGGGUUUACAGACACUGAGACAGAGACAAAAACCCCGCUCUAGGCAGGGUUACCCCCUGUAAAAUACGAUGAGAUGAUAAGAUGAAAAGAUGAAAGAUUAACAAUCUUUGUGAUGAUGUUUGCCUGGCGCGGGUAUAUCUUCGGUCAUAGCAAAUCUCCUUUUGGUUUCCUUUCUCAGCUGGAAUGCACUGAUUGAGUAAUUUCAGCAGAAGCUGUUGAAAUUAUAUGUAUUUGACAUAAGUAGCGGUUAUUGAAUGAAUUAUUUUUUUGACAUGGUUUCACUUAGUUUGUAAUAAGCAUUUGGCCCAGUGGCAAAGGAAAUGUGGAUGUAACCAUAGAUUUAUAGGCAGUGCUACAAUUUAAACAAUGGAACCUUACAUUUAAUCUUUAUCUCCCUGUAAAGUAACAACCAUGAGCCUAUUCAAAGGUAAUUAGAGCUUUUGUUAAAAGCAUUUGACUAAUGGCAGUUUAAUCAACCCCUCACCCACGUGUCACACUGCAUUUUCCUCUCAGGACAUCGGUUUCAGAAUUUGCAGGCUUGGAAGAUGAACAUUAACACUUCAGGCUGAAUGUCAUUCCCACAAUAAAAUUUUUGUAUUGUGACUAAUCUGCAGUAUUUCAGUGAGAAUUUAGAAAUAUAUAUUAUAGGGUGUGAGCAUUGUAGAGUAACAUACACUUUAAUGUGUGUAUACUAUAACAGUUCUUUGGUCUUUUAUUAAUGAAAUGGAUCCAAGGGGCUCACAGAGUUAAUGAGAUUAUAAUUGCUUGAUAAAGCAAUAAUGCAAGUGCUAAAAGGUGAAGAAGAUGCACAUCUGUAGAGAUGGGAUGCACCGUGUGAGCGUCUGCUGACGGAAAUAUACACCUUGCCCUCUACAGUGGCAGUAUUUACAAGCCUUGUAGUUUCAGUCCUUUGUCUGUGAUCCUGCAUACUGUAUGUCACCUCUUACACACAGAUACAACAAGAAGGAUGAGUCUCUGUUUGUGUUCCAUCUUGUUUCUGUCCCUGAUGUGACGCCGUACUGUCAAAUGGUCAGAAAACAAGAUACGGUUGAGAUUCCCACUGUGAACGAAACCAGCACCUUUGAUGUCCUUCUAGGCAACAGCAGACAGCGACGAUGACAAUGAUGCUCAAGACAGAUGACUAAAUCAGUGAAAUGAAACGUUAAAAAAAACCCCACACAACUUCCAAAACAUCUGCACCAACCAUCUUCCAACUGUCCUUUUACAAGGACGCUUUGAGUAAUGUGAGAUAUCGACUGUUAAAUGGGAAGAAAACACACUUUUAUUUUUAGAUGAAAAAAUGUACUGUAAAUACUGGUUUACAUUGACUGAUGAUUUAUGACCUGCAAAAGGAGAAAAUGUUUCUCUGUUUUACAGAUUCAACAGUGGAUGGAAUGGAAAAUGAUGAAAGCUGUCAUCAUGUUUUUUGAAUAAACUAACUGAGAUGAA